GCGCAUCAUCGAGGCUCCAAUUUCCUCUGGAGGAUGCAACCAGUACCGAAUUACAUGCGCAAUCCUGCCGUGAAUCAGACAUCACCACGGUAACCGAACGGUAUUCACCAUUCUCUGCUUUACCCGUGAACGUCCGCGAGGCAACCCUACCGAUCGUCAUCCUCGCACGCAAUUGGUCAGGCAGGCAGACAUGGUGAAGCUGGGCAGUAACCUGGCUGAUAAGCUGGAUAAAGAACAGUCUAUGGAUGAUGGCUUUGAUAACAUCCCUCUCAUCACCCCUCUGGAGGUGAACCAGCUGCAACAGCCAUACUUAGACAAGGUAAUCGUGAAGACCACAACAGAGUAUCAGCUGCAGCAGAAGAAAAAGAAGAAGCUGUACGUGCCGGGAAUCAAGAAGCUGAAUAUAAAACUGUACAACGAGGUAUCAGAGAAGGUCAAGCUCACAGGUUUGAUCCUCAUCACCCUUGGGUUCCUGGCUUGUCUUGUCCUGCUGAUCAUGUACAAGGCUCUGUGGUACGAUCAACUUACCUGCCCAGAGGGCUUCGUUCUCAAGCACAAGCACUGCACCCCAGCAGCGGUCCUGGAGCCCUGGUACUACACAGAGCAGCAGCAGCAGGAGGACCCAGGCGUGCCCCCCCGCUCCAGCAGUCUCUACACCGCCCUGGGUCACCUCAACCAGGCCAAGAGGACCGCCACCGGCGGCAUCAUCCCCGAGCUGCCCCCGUCACCAUGGUUCCCCGUCAUCAACGCCCUGAAGCAAGUCGAGAGGGCCAAAGAGGAGGCGAGUCGUUCGAAGGAGUGAGGGAUGGAGGGAUUUCCAGAGGGAAAGGGUUUAGGAAGUGGGUGAUCAAGGUAGAAGGGUAUAUGGGGUUUCCAAAAGGAAGAGGGGAUGAAGAUGGGGGGAAAAGUGUUCUUUACUUGGUGGAGUUGACUGUGAGGUAUUGAGGGUAACGCUCCAAAUGUCUGUUUAGGUGGCAGCGAUUGUGACUCAUUUGCAGUAAAAUUAAUCUCCCUAUGACGUUAUCAGUGAAGACCACGACCUUGUGUUAUGUGUGUGCGUGCCUGUGCGAGCGAGAGAGAGAGAGAGAGGUGAGAGAGAGAGAGAGAGAGAGAGUGAGUG